GUGGCCAGAGACUAAUUUUUUCCUCUCCCUGCUGACGCGUAGACACGCAGAGAGACGACAGUGCUUCUUUUGCCAGCCUGGCUUCUCCCAAAGGAAGUGGUCUGGAGAGGGACUGUGUAACCAGGGCCCUCUGUAGAGCUCGCAUUCCUUCGCAGAGAGAGAGAGAGAGAGCGCGCAAGUACUGCUGAGCGCUGCCAUGAAGCACUUUGUGCCUGCUUGUGCUCUUCUAGUCUGCUUUCCUACAGGCUUUGCCCUGAGCCUCCUGCGUUGGUGCACGGUCUCUGAUCAGGAGCUGGCCAAGUGCAGCGACAUGAGCAAAGCCUUUGCCAAGGCCAACAUCCUUCCCUUGCUGGCCUGUGUGAAUGGGGGCUCAGCCAGCCAUUGCACCUCCAUGAUCAACGCAAGCUUGGCAGAUGCAGUAACCCUGGAUGGUGGCGCCAUUUACCAGGCUGGGAAGGAGUACAAUCUGAAGCCAGUGGUUGGCGAAGCAUACGGCCAAGAUCUUGGCACCUCCUACUAUGCGGUGGCUGUGGUGAGAGCACAUUCCAGCUUGACCAUCAACAGCUUGAGGGGAGCCAGGACGUGUCACACCGGCAUCAACAGAACAGUGGGAUGGAACGUCCCCAUUGGCUUCCUCAUGGACAGUGGCCGGAUGGCAGUGAUGGGAUGUCAAGUUCCACAAGCUGUUAGUGAGUAUUUCAAUGCCAGCUGUGUUCCUGGAGCCCGCGGGGACAGAUACCCUCCCUCCCUCUGUGACCUCUGCAGAGGGAAUGGACAAUGGAAAUGUGAGCCGAGCCCCAAGGAGCUGUAUUAUGACUACACUGGAGCCUUCAGGUGUCUGGCAGACGACGUCGCAGAGGUUGCCUUUGUGAAACACAGCACAGUCACUGAUGCCCUCAGUGGCCAAGCUGUCCCCUUGUGGGCUCAGAAGCUUCGGCCAGAGGAAUUCCAGCUCCUCUGCCGGGACGGAACCAAGGCAGAAGUCACCGAGUGGCGGAGGUGUCACUUGGCACGUGUUCCCGCUCAUGCUGUGGUGGCCAGGCAAGAGACUGCAGGGAGCCUCGUCUUUCAAAUGCUCGACCAGGGACAGCAAAAGUUUAACGGUGAAGCCUCAAGUUUCCAGAUGUUUGACUCCACAGCCUAUGGUGGGAAGAAUCUUCUCUUCAAAGACUCCACCACACAACUGGUUCCCAUUAAAGAGCAGACCUACCAGGCCUGGUUGGGGAAUGAGUAUCUGCAUGCUGUGCGAGGCUUGGAUUGUGACCCCACAAGAUUGCCAGAAUUCCUGCGCUGGUGUGUCUUGUCUACUGAGGAGAUCUGGAAAUGCAGUAAAAUGGCUAUUGCCUUUAAGAACAAAAACUUGAAGCCAGAAAUCCAGUGUGUUUCUGCAGAGAGUGCGGAGCAGUGCAUGGAACGGAUCCAGAAAAGAGACAUUGAUGCUGUAGCUUUGGCAGGAGAACAUAUUUACAUGGCUGGGAAAAAAUAUGGCUUGGUGCCUGCUGCUGGGGAACGUUAUGCAGAGGGGGACACGAAGGACACAUACUUUGCCGUCGCAGUUGUGAGGCGGGAAGAUUCCAAUGCUUUCACCAUCCAUGAGCUCAAAGGGAAGAAGUCCUGCCAUACUGGCUACGGGAGGAUGGCUGGGUGGAACAUACCUGUUGGAACCCUGCUAAGAAAGGGAUUCAUUCAGCCGCAGGGCUGCAAUGUCCUCCAAGCCGUGAGUGCCUUUUUCUCGGCCAGUUGUGUUCCUGUUGCCAGGAGGAAUGAUUACCCCGCCAGUCUGUGUGAACUCUGCGUGGGUGAUGACAACGGGCGUAAUAAAUGCAGUGCCAGUGAAGAGGAGCGCUAUUAUGGCUAUACUGGAGCCUUCAGGUGCUUAGCAGAGGACCGUGGUGACGUGGCCUUUGUCAAGCAUUCAUCCGUCUUUGAAAACACAGAUGGUAACAAUACGGACCGCUGGGCCUCCCAGCUGCGGUCCAGGGAUUUCCAGCUCUUGUGUCCAAACGGGGCCCGUGCUGAGGUCAGCCAGUUUGCAAAGUGUCACUGGGGGGAAGUCCCCGCUCGUGCUGUCAUGGUCCACCCAGAUAUCAAUGCUUUGGCGGUGUACGGACUUCUCAGCAAAGCUCAGGAUUUCUUUGGUGAUGACAACAAUGAACAUGGAUUUAAAAUGUUCAAUUCCACAGACUUCCAAGGGCAAAAUUUAAUCUUCAGAGAUUCCACCACAGAAAUUGUGCCUGUAGGAGAGAAAACAACUUUUAUGUCUUGGCUGGGGAAGGAAUUCCUCGAGUCUCUUGAUGGCAUGGAGUCUCUCCAGUGUGCCGGGGAAGCUACGGAGUCCAUGAAUGUUUUUCUUCUGUUGAUGGCAAGUCUUUGUCUCGUUACAUUCUGCUCCUCAUGAUCGAUACAGCACCAUACAACAAAAGAAAACGCAAGUGGGGGGACCUAAUGAAAGCAACAAUGACGACACCACUGGACCAAGCAAGUCAUGUGAUCUGCUUGUUUGCUUCCCCUGUGCAGAGAGGGGGUGGGGUGCUGGGACUCUCCACCCACUCGCACUCUGCUUUCCACCCACACUUUCUUUUGGCCUGGCUUAGCAUUCCCCCUCUGGCUCCAACGAAUCACAACAAUUUUCUCUGGUACAUUGAGGGGGUUUCUGGGUUUACUGCAAUAUCACAGCCGUAAGAGUUAAAUUGUGCACUUUAUGAUAAGCAUGAAACUGAAAAUAUAUGAAGGAUACCAUGAUGCUCCAAUUUAGAUAGUAAAGCAUUUCUAAUGUCUGCAAAAUUAAAAUGGUAGCCAAUUCCUUAACUGGUGGGAGAGGUAAUUAUCGAUGGCAUAUCUCAGGUUUUCAGGGUCCAAUUUGCACUUAAUAUUUUGCCUCAAGAGCAACUAUUUUUUCAUUACUGAGUUUUGCUAGAUGUUUGCUGUCUUCCAGAAGUACUACACUGGGCCAACAAACCGAGGCAAACUAUGGAAACCUCAUAGUUUGUCUGCUGCACUGGGCAAGCCCCUCCUCUCAGCCCCAGCUCCCCAGCUGUAUUGUGGGGAUAAUAAUAACACUAACUUGUUCACUGCUCUGGGUGAGGCACUGAUGUGUCUAGAAGAGUGGUAUAUAAGAGCAGUUAUUAUUAUCAUUAUAAAUCUUCACCCAUUAUAUUUUAGCAAGCCCACGUGUGUGUUCACGAAGAUAUUCCAGGCAGCACUAUACCUUUUCCAGCGAAAGCUUCAGACUCCUUUUUUUGCUCAUUAAAACACGUUCAUGUUCAAUUUAA